AUGUGGUUCUCACCCCGAGAUCUCCCACAGAGAGAGGAUCCCCAUGUGGUUCUCGGCCCAAGGUCUCCCACAGAGAGAGGAUCCCCAUGUGGUUCUCGGCCCAAGGUCUCCAACAGAGAGAGGAUCCCCAUGUGGUUCUCACCCCAAGGUCUCCCACAGAGAGGGAGUAUCCCCAUGUGGUUCUCGGCCCAAGGUCUCCCACAGAGAGAAGAUCCCCAUGUGGUUUUCACCCCGAGAUAUCCCACAGAGAGGGGAUCCCCAUGUGGUUCCAGCCCAAGGCCUCCCACAGAGAGAGGAUCCCCAUGUGGUUCUCAGCCCAGGGUUUCCCAAAGAGAGAGGAUCCCCAUGUGGUUCUCACACCAAGGUCUCCCCCAGAGAGAGAGGAUCCCCAUGUGGUUCAUGGCCCAAGGUCUCCCACAGAGAGAGGAUCCCCACGUGGUUCUCAGCCCAAGAUCUCCCACAGAGGGAGGAUCCCCAUGUGGUUCUCACCCCGAAAUCUCCCACAGAGAGAGGAUCACCAUGUGGUUCUCACCCCGAGAUCUCCAACAGAGAGAGGAUCCCCAUGUGGUUCUCACCCCAAGGUCUCCCACAGAGAGAGGAUCCCUACGUGAUUCUCGGCCCAAGAUCUCCCACAGAGAGGGUAUCCCCAUGUGGUUCUCGGCCCAAGGUCUCCCACAGAGAGAGGAUCCCCACGUGUUUCUCACCCCAAGAUCUCCCACAGAGAGGGGAUCCCCAUGUGGUUCUCGGCCCAAGGUCUCCCAUAGAGAGAGAGGAACCCCAUGUGGUUCAUGGCCCAAGGUCUCCCACAGAGAGAGGAUCCCCGCGUGGUUCUUGGCCCAAGAUCUCCCACAGAGAGAGGAUCCCCAUGUGGUUUUCGGCCCAAGAUCUCCCACAGAGAGAGGAUCCCCACGUGGUUCUCGGCCCAAGAUCUCCCACAGAGAGAGAAUCCCUAUGUGGUUCUCAGCCCUAGAUCUCUUAUAG